AAGGAGUUGAGAAGAAAAGAUUGAUAGAGGAAUGAAGGAAGUGGCAGAGUUUUGAAUCAAACACUAUCAUUAUUUCGAACCACUCUUUCAUUCUCACUCUCAUUUCUUCAAUCGGUUAAGAGCAAUAUAUGAACUCAGGUGGGAGAUAGAGCCUCUGGAUUUGUCUUUCGUAUCUGGGAUUUUUUCAUUUAGCAGACUCUGAUCUUAUGGCACUUGACAGGUUAAAUUCUCCAACCACAUUUGAAAUGCCACUGGAGGUUUUGGGCCAUGAAUUGCAGUUUACUCAGGAUCCCAAUUCAAAGCACUUAGGAACAACAGUGUGGGAUUCAUCACUUGUUUUUGCCAAAUUUCUUGAACGGAAUUGCAGAAAGGGAAGGUUUUCUCCAGCUAAACUUAAAGGAAAACGUGUAAUUGAACUUGGAGCUGGCUGUGGUGUUUCUGGUUUUGGCAUGGCUAUGCUGGGGUGUGAUGUUAUAGUGACAGACCAAAAAGAGGUGUUGCCGUUAUUGCAGAGAAACAUCGAACGUAAUAUUUCAAGAGUCAUGCAGAAGAACCCUGAGUCAUUUGGUUCGAUCAAGGUUGCCGAACUUCAGUGGGGAGAUGAGAGCCACAUUAAGGCUGUUGAUCCUCCAUUUGACUAUAUUAUUGGCACCGACGUUGUCUAUGUAGAGCAUCUGUUGGAACCUCUGUUGCAGACAAUACUUGCUUUAUCUGGACCUAGGACUACAAUCUUGUUGGGACAUGAGAUCCGUUCCACCUGUGUCCAUGAAAAGAUGCUUGAGAUGUGGAAACAAAACUUUGAUGUGAAGAAUGUUCCAAAAUCUAAAAUGGAUGAAACAUAUCAACAUCCAAGUAUUCAGCUCUUCAUUAUGGGAUUCAAGAAUUCAGCUGAGUCCACCGGGAACUCAGGUCAGGCAGCAGCCGAAAAAGUUGACGAUCAAACUGGUGUGGAAGGUAAAAGCGGUGAGGAAAAUUUGGCAAUGGAACCAUCAUCUAGUGUUGAAAAAAAUGUUGAGGAUCAUGAGAAAGCAGCAACCGGAACUAAAAAGCUUAGUGAGUGGGAAGCAAGAAGGUAUGGAUCAAUGGCUGCAAGGAUUCUGAAAGAUGUAAAGAUAUCCUGAUUUUGAGAGCCCAUAGAAACGAGUUUAAUUUUAAUAUAUUGUCAAUGUAAAACGUGUUGAUGUUGUAAGUUAU